AUGCAGCUUACCGGCUACGACAGCAUGGCAUUCCUCAGAAUAGAUGUGCAAUCUCCAUAUCCUGUCAGCCUCUGUUAUUGUCAGCCGUGUGCAAGGCUAGCUGAUUCUGAGGCUGAAAUACUAAUAUGCAUCGGCCGUAUCAUCUGCGACUUCUAUAUUGCCGUCAGGAUAUCUAUCGAGGCGGAACCUGGGAUUCUGUUGAAUGCUGGUGCCUAA